UCCCAUGGCCCAGGCUCUGGCAUCCAACCUGCUGCCGCUGCGGCCCGGCCGAGCGGAGCGAACGCCACACACGGACCACACGCUCGCGCUCCAGCUCCCCUCCUGCGCGGUUCAUGACCGCGCGCCGCGACCGCAGCCUCUGCCCGUCUGCGCUGCCCGCCCGCCGCCGCGAGGACCCCGAGGGAAGGAAGGCAGGAAGGCAGGAGCGGCUGUGCGCCCCGCAGAGCCCGCGACGCCUGCCCGCAGCCGGCUGCCCGGCCCGGCUGGCACCAUGCUGCCCGCGCGCUGCGUCCGCCUGCUCACGCCCCACUUGCUGCUCGUGCUGGUGCAGCUGUCUCCGACUCGCGGCCAUCGCACCACGGGCCCCAGGUUUCUUAUAAGUGACCGUGACCCUCAGUGCAACCUCCACUGCUCCAGGACUCAACCCAAGCCCAUCUGUGCCUCUGACGGCAGGUCUUAUGAGUCCAUGUGUGAGUACCAGCGAGCCAAGUGCAGAGACCCGACCCUGGGUGUGGUACACCGUGGUAGAUGCAAAGAUGCUGGCCAGAGCAAGUGUCGCCUGGAGCGGGCUCAGGCCCUUGAGCAGGCCAAGAAGCCCCAGGAGGCCGUGUUUGUCCCAGAGUGCAGCGAGGACGGCUCCUUUGCCCAGGUGCAGUGUCACACUUACACGGGGUACUGCUGGUGUGUCACCCCAGAUGGGAAGCCCAUCAGUGGCUCUUCUGUGCAAAAUAAAACGCCUGUAUGUUCAGGUUCAGUCACUGACAAGCCCUUGAGCCAGGGUAACUCAGGAAGGAAAGUCUCUUUUCGGUUCUUUUUAACCCUCAAUUCAGAUGACGGGUCCAAGCCAACACCCACCAUGGAGACUCAGCCGGUGUUUGAUGGAGACGAAAUUACAGCUCCCACACUGUGGAUUAAGCACUUGGUAAUCAAGGACUCCAAACUGAACAACACCAAUGUCAGGAAUUCAGAGAAAGUCUACUCGUGCGACCAGGAGAGGCAGAGUGCCCUGGAAGAGGCCCGACAGAAUCCCCGCGAGGGCAUUGUCAUCCCCGAGUGCGCCCCUGGGGGGCUGUAUAAGCCAGUGCAGUGUCACCAGUCCACUGGCUACUGCUGGUGUGUGCUGGUGGACACAGGGCGCCCACUGCCUGGGACCUCCACCCGCUAUGUAAUGCCCAGCUGUGAGAGUGACGCCAGGGCCAGGAGUGCGGAGGCAGAUGACCCCUUCAAGGACAGGGAGCUGCCAGGCUGUCCAGAAGCGAAGAAAAUGGAAUUUAUCACCAGCCUCCUGGAUGCCCUCACCACGGACAUGGUGCAGGCCAUUAACUCCGCAACGCCUACUGGAGGUGGAAGGUUCUCAGAGCCAGACCCCAGCCACACCCUGGAGGAGCGAGUGGUGCACUGGUACUUCAGCCAGCUGGACAGCAAUGGCAGCAACGACAUUAACAAGCGGGAGAUGAAGCCCUUCAAGCGCUACGUGAAGAAAAAGGCCAAGCCCAAGAAGUGUGCCCGGCGCUUCAGCGACUACUGCGACCUGAACAAGGACAAGGUCAUCUCCCUGUCUGAGCUGAAGGGCUGCCUGGGUGUUAGCAAAGAAGGUAGUAGUCUUGGCAGCUUCCCCCAGCAAAAACAAGCAGGCACAAAUUCAUUCAGUAAGUUGCCUUCUUUCUUGGGUCCCUUCUUUGGGCCCCCUAAUGCAGCUUUAGUAGUGCAGGAGUAAAGGGAUUGGGCAAGU